UUGUGUACUUCAGCUGACAACAUGUUUUGGGAAUUACUGCUAGGCUUGAUUGCCUUGCUCUUCAUAUGGGAUUAUUUCAAUAAAAAACAUCGCAGUGAAGUAUUGGAUAAAUCGGGUAUACCAGGACCUAAAACUUUGCCCAUACUGGGCAAUGCCUUGGAUAUUAAACAUGUGAAUAGUGAUAAUGUCAUUGAGUUUGCUCGUGAUUAUAAAAGAAAAUAUGGUAAAAUUUAUCGCAUUUGGGUGCUGCAUCAAGUGAGUGUGGUUAUUUUGGAUCCUAAGUACUUGGAAAUUGUUUUGAGCAGCCAACAAAUGAUUAAGAAAAGUAGUUUAUAUGAUUUUCUGGUGGGUUGGUUGGGUCGUGGUCUGCUGUUGAGUUGGGGCAAGAAAUGGCAUUCGAGACGUAAGAUUAUAACACCCACCUUCCAUUUCAAAAUUCUUGAACAAUUUGUGGAGAUUUUCGAUCAGCAAAGUGCUGUGAUGGCGAAGAAAUUGUAUGAGAAGGCUGAUGGUAAAACUGCAAUUGAUAUAUUUCCGGUGGUGUGUUUGUGUGCUUUGGAUAUUAUAGCGGAAACUGCCAUGGGUGUUAAAGUAAAUGCCCAGGAACAGCCUGGCCUAGAAUAUGCCCAAGCCAUAACAACUGUGGCCCGCAUAAUGGCGAAUCGUUUUAUUAAGCCUCUGCAAAGAACUGAUGUCCUAUUCCGUUUAACAGCCCCCAAGCAAUAUCAAGAAUCUCAGCGUUGCAUUAAAGUCUUGCAUAAAUUCACCACAGAUGUUAUAGAACAAAGGCGUGCGGCUCUCGAGCAAUCGCUAAAAGAUGGCUCUUUGAAAACUGAAACUGAGGAUUCCGAAUUAAAUACCAAAAAACGCAUGGCCUUAUUAGAUGUUUUAUUGCAAUCCUCUGUGAAUGGUGUGCCUUUGACCAAUGAGGAUAUACGCGAAGAAGUUGAUACUUUUAUGUUUGAGGGACAUGAUACCACUACUAGUGGCAUAUCAUUUGCCUUGUAUUUAAUAGCCCGCCAUCCGGAGGUCCAAGUGAAACUAGUGGAGGAGAUUAAACAAGUUCUGGGUACCGACAAAAAUAAACCGGUUACAUAUCGUGAGCUACAAGAUCUGAAAUAUAUGGAAUGUGCUAUAAAGGAAAGUCAAAGAUUAUAUCCUUCAGUGCCUGCCAUAGGCAGGGAAAUAACCGAGGAUAUAACAGUGGGCGACAUUGCCAUACCCGCUAAAACUAAUCUCAGUUUAUCUCUAUUUAUGGUUUUACGUGAUCCCGAUUACUUCUCAAAUCCCGAUGACUUUAAACCCGAACGUUUUGAGAGCGAAAGCGAUGAGAAAAUCAAUCCCUUUGCCUAUACUCCCUUCUCGGCGGGACCACGCAACUGUAUUGGCCAAAAGUUUGCCAUGCUGGAAAUGAAGAGUACUUUAUCGAAAAUGUUGCGUCAUUUUGAAUUAUUACCGCUGGGACCAGAUGUUAAACCGGUAAUUAAUCUAAUUUUACGUUCCACAACUGGUAUACAUGUUGGACUUAGACCUCGAGAUUUGUAAAAGGCUGAUA